GGUCUAUGCUGUUUUUUUUUCUUCUUCUGGUGUCCAGUUCGCCAUUUCCUCGCCGCGGCCAAAAGCCGAAUGACGGGCAAAGCACCGCGAUGCCGCGCCUGGUGUGCCGCCUCGCAGCCUGCGGAGCUGGUCUCAGUGGACCGGCCACGCCGGCGGAAGCAGAUGCCAUCGCCGUGGAGAUGCCGAGGUGGGCUUGGGGCCUCACGCUGCUGGUUGAUCUGCUGAUGUGGGUGGCGCUCUACUGGCGGGAUUAUACCAUCGGCACCAAUGUGGCCAUCGCUCACUACUACAGCUUCAUGACCAUCACGGACCUGCCGGCUCUCCGCGUUUCUUGGCAGCUGAAGGCCUGGUGGCAGCCCUUCCGCGCCGCGGCGGCGCUGUCCUUCCUGUUUCUGGACGUGAGCUUGCUCCUGAACGGCCUGGAAACGCCUGGCCUGGUCUUCCUGCGCUUGGGCGCCUGCCUGCUUCGGCUGCUGCAUGCGCUCUGGUGCCUUUGGGCCUUCGGGCCCAAACGCCAGUGGCAGGCUCUGCCGCGUUUCGGCGCCUGGUACCUUCAGCACGUCUCGGGCGCGACGCUGCUCCUGGCGCUUUGGGCCUGCCUCGGCUUCUUCUGCCCCUACGUCUUCAUCCUGAUGCACUACAACUAUGGUGACCUGCGCCUGGACGCGCCCCUGACAGCGCUGCAGGGCACCUACAUCUUGACGGUGGUGGCGAAGAGCGCGGUGCUGGACAUGACCUUCAUGAGCCGCAGCCAGGCUGGCGUGAACGAGCUUAUUGCCUGUAUCCUCUUCAGUGGCCAGUACCCGCUGAUCUUUGAUACUUACUGGCUGCCGCCCCUUCGCAUGGGACACUUGCUCGCCGAGAUUCUCUUUGCCAUAAUUGCAUUUGCCUACCUGUUCCUCGACUUCCGCGUUGUCUUCGAAGAUACGACUAAGACUGCUGUCUGCGACGCAUGACUGUGCGUGCUGGCCAGUGGGAGUGUUCUCACUCGGCGCGCGUCUUCUUCCAAAAGGGAAUCUGACAGAGCCCGAGUUUCUAUAGCCACAACAACGAGGGGUUGUUGUGUGCGCGGUCGAUCAUUUGCAAAUCCGAUGGUUUCCGGAAUCCGAUGGUUUC